AAGGUUCAACCGCACCGCACCGCACCGCACCGCACCGCACCACGUUUCCGUGCUCCCUCCUCCAACCUUUUUGGGCAUCUGUCUCCUGUAGUUUUGAUUCGCUCUACAUCAUAACUGACUAUUGACCAGCUAAGACUCUCUCCAUCUUCAUCGUUUCUCUCUCUAGAAGUGCCUUGGACGGCACUUCUUUACCUUUUCCUUUUAGCCCCGCAGGCUUUGUGUAUGUAUGGCUUAGUUUCAUGAAUUUGCAUCUGUUAUGAUUUGUUUUCAGGUGAUCUCCUGUUGAAGUUUAACAAAUGCAAAACAUGACGCCGAUUCAGAGGCUUUCGAGAACUUUCCGAGAUAAUUCUUCGCUUGCUAAAACGCUGAUUAUUUUCACCGUCGGUGGUGGGGGCUUUGUGGCAUUUUCUGAUGCUAAAUCAGACGAUGGAAUAAGUAUUGUCAAUCCAUCUGAGGCUGAUGACAAGAACAAGAAAAAGAGAGUAGUGGUACUUGGAACUGGUUGGGCUGGAACAAGUUUCUUGAAAAACCUGAAAGAUCCAUCCUAUGAUGUCCAGGUGAUAUCACCACGUAAUUUUUUUGCUUUCACCCCAUUGCUACCAAGUGUGACAGUUGGCACUGUGGAAGCUCGCAGCAUUGUUGAACCCAUCCGCAACAUUGUCAGAAAGAAAAAUGUAAAUGUUCACUACUGGGAAGCAGAGUGCUACAGGAUUGAUGCAAAAAAUAAGAAAGUCUACUGUCGAUCUAAUCUGGCUGGUGAUCCCAAUCAGAUAGAGGAGAUUGUUGUAGAUUAUGACUACCUUGUGGUUUCUGUCGGGGCCCGUUCUAAUACAUUCAAUAUCCCUGGUGUGGCAGAAAAUUGCCAUUUUCUGAAGGAAAUAGAAGAUGCUCAGAAGAUCCGCAGGAAGAUUGUUGAUUGUUUUGAGAGGGCGAGCUUGCCUAAUCUAAGUGAUGAAGAAAGAAAAAAAAUUCUUCAUUUUGUUGUUGUUGGUGGAGGUCCAACUGGUGUGGAGUUUGCAGCAGAGCUUCAUGAUUAUGUGACUGAAGAUCUUGUAAAACUAUAUCCCAAGGUGAAAGAUGCUGUUAAGAUAACACUUCUUGAAGCUACAGACCAUAUUCUGAACAUGUUUGACAAAAGAAUUACUACUUUUGCUGAGGAAAAAUUUCAGAGAGAUGGAAUUGAUUUAAAAACUGGGGCAAUGGUUGUGAAGGUAACAGAUAAAGAAAUUUCCACUAAACAAGUAAAGAAUGGUGGUGAAAUAUCCAAUAUGCCAUAUGGCAUGGUUGUGUGGUCAACUGGAAUUGGAACUCGCCCUGUUAUAAUGGAAUUCAUGAAGCAAGUUGGUCAGGGUAAUAGACGUGUACUAGCAACUGAUGAGUGGCUACGAGUAGAAGGGACGAGUGACAUUUAUGCACUGGGAGACUGUGCCACAAUCAAUCAGCGCAAAGUCAUGGAAGAUAUUUGGGCUAUAUUUCAAAAGGCAGAUAAAGACGACUCCAAGACACUUACUGUCAAGGAAUUUCAAGAAACACUCAAGGAUAUCUGUGAAAGAUACCCCCAAGUUGAACUAUAUUUGAAAAAUAAACAGUUGAGUAGCCUCGUUGAUCUUCUGAAAGAUUCAAAAGGGGAUUCUGCUAAGGAAUCAGUUGAGGUGAAUCUGGAAGAGUUCAAGGCAGCUCUUUCUCAGGUCGAUUCUCAGAUGAAGAAUCUUCCAGCAACUGCCCAGGUUGCAGCACAGCAAGGUUCCUAUCUCGCUGACUGUUUCAACCGCAUGGAAUACUGCGAGGAAAAUCCAGAAGGCCCUCUGCGGUUCAGGGGUGAAGGACGUCACAGGUUUCGUCCUUUCAGGUACAAGCAUCUCGGACAAUUCGCUCCUUUGGGAGGGGAGCAAACGGCAGCACAACUUCCUGGAGAUUGGGUUUCAAUUGGUCACAGCACUCAGUGGCUUUGGUAUUCUGUAUAUGCAAGCAAGCUAGUAAGUUGGCGUACUAGAGCGCUGGUGAUAUCCGACUGGGGUAGGCGUUUCAUCUUUGGCAGGGACUCUAGCGGCAUGUAAUCAGUCAGAAUGAUCUAACUCUUCUCUCAAUAAAUGGUGCUACAUCUCUUUAUUCGGUUAAUGGUACAUACAUACAUACAUACAUCUUGAGUCGUUUCUAUCGCUAGGCGGAUGACGAUGAAUACCUUUGCAGCUGAUUUACAUAAAUCCACCAUGCCAAAUUUUGCAGCUAGAUGUGAGAUACAAUGGCUUGGCUUUUUUGCUCGAGAAAUAAUGGUUGUACUCCGUCCUUAUAUGCAUAUAUAUGUGAAUUUCUACCAACAGUUAUUUGAACACUAUUUCUCUCUCUCUUUUAAUCUUGUACGUAAGCGUGCAUGGGUGUAGUUGCUUUAUUCCACGACUUUAUAUGGCGAAAUUACGUUUUGGGUGA